AUGAGUGCAAAUCCCCAAGUCAAAGAUGGAGACAUUCAAUUGUCGAAGCCUUUCUCCAUUGUCAUUGCCAAACCAGCGAAUAAGAAGCUGCCACAUAGAGACCCUGCAACGCCUUUCGUUUGGAUAACUGAAGUCGACCGACUGGCUCGUCAAGAAGACACUGCAGCUAAUUACAGUGCUUCGCGUUGGUACGCCGCUGCGGCCUUCGAAGCUGCCCUCGCGCAAGUAGGGCCUACCGAUAUCAACACACUACACAUUGAACAAUUCCUUGCGCAAAAUCUGUUCGACGAUGACCGACAGACUGAUGCCCUCAAAUUGUUUAAUGACAUUCUUGACAAAUGUGCUCAAGUGAAGACGGAAGGCAGGUGGAAUUUUCGUUAUGGAAACGUGGCCAAGUCUGCUAUUGGAUGCAAAUGCGAAUAUGCACAAGGAUUCUACAGUAAGCGCAGAUUUGGCAGAGCCGGUGGUGAGUUUGAGCGAGCUUGGAAGAUAUCGCAGAAUCUGUUAGGCUCAAAUGACUAUACUACCAAAAUAAAGAACAAAUACGAUCAAGCGGUCAAAAAGCGUGCCGAGGCAUUGCAAGCAAAAGCCGCACUGCCACCUCCCUCGACUAAUGCGUCAACCACAGAAGUCGACAAGACCCAAGCAGGAAAGAAACCCUCGUCACCAUUUGUGACUGUUGAGAAAACCCCAGGACUUCCUAGCAAUAUAGUUGUCCCGGCUACCGCGGAGAAGGAUCCCAAAGGAAGGGGAAAUACUACUCCUAACGGAUCUCGAUCGCCUUCUCGAGAGGAUGACAAACCAAGACCCUCCAAUGGAUCUUCGAGUGACAAGUCAUCAUCACAGAUCGAUAACAAAGGAGGCAAAGGCAACACAUCGCCAAAACCGGAGCCCGCUAAAGGUGGCUCUCAAGCUGCACAAAAUAAUAAACCAUCAUCCACUGGGCACUUGCAGGUUCCUGAGAAACCCAGGUCCUCUAGUGUGGGUGGCAAGCCACGGAAAUCCGAGGCGAACGAAGCGAAGCCAAGCUCUGGUACUCCGUCUGUUCCUCGAAGGAAUUCAGAUUCGGGGACGACCAGAAAGGUUGUGUACGGGAAAACAUUUGACGUUGAGGACUCUAAAGGCACACUGACAAAAAUUGACAAUCUCAAAGACAAAGGUUUCAAUGAAGCUCACAAACAAGUGGCCGUCUGGGGAGAGAAUAGAUUACGCAAAACGCAUGAAUUUCUUGUGACAAAAUGUCGCAAUAACGUCGAUUAUGAGGAAGGCGAAGGCUCUCGCAAAAACAAGCGCCGGGUACGAAUCGCAGUACUUGACACGGGUGUCAGCAUGAAACAUCCAGAGAUCAAUGCUAGGAAGGAACGCAUCAAAGGUUUCUAUUGUGACAUCAAAGGUCUUGAAAACAAAGCGAACGAAGACACAAGUGGGCAUGGAACCAGCACCGCUCUGCUUUUGAUGCAAGUCGCACCAGAGGCUGACAUCUAUGUUGCUAGAGUCUUCAGAGAGACCAAAGAUGUGGUUCCAGAUCAAGUUGCGCCAGCAAUCGAACAUGCGGUAAAGAGCUGGGAGGUUGAUAUCAUCUCAAUGUCAUUCGGAUUUCCCUCGGUCAUAUUCAAGAUGGAUCAGGCAUUGAAGCUGGCCGCCAUGAAUGAUGUGUUAUUAUUUGCUGCUGCUUCCAAUGACGGGGCCAACGAAGAUAUCACCAGAGCAUGGCCCGCGAGAGAUGACUCCAAAGUCUUUUGCAUUCACGCUACUGAUGCCUUGGGCAACUCAUGGAAAGGUAAUCCUCCCAAGCAAUCCGCGACUCAUAACUUUGCGACUUUAGGCGAGAAUGUUUUGACGACAGGGAAACAACAUACAAUGGUUGGAAAGACCGGGACCUCGAUGGCGACACCGAUUGCUGCUGCAACUGCUGCACUACUGAUUGACUUUUCCCGCUUGCCCAAAAUGAAAGGUAAGAAAUUCGAUCAUAUCGACUCGGUAGCCACCUUUCAAGGCAUGAAGAGACUGCUGCUGGCCACGAGCCCUAAAACCGAAGAUGGAAACUUCAGGUAUAUCAAGCCCUGGCAUUUGUUCUCGACGAACAAGUACGAAUAUGAUGCAGUCUGGUACCGGUUUCAGACCGAACUUCGGACAUUUUUCUAG